AUGCUCUAUGUUGCACCUGGUACCGGAGAACUCUAUUACUUGAGAACUUUGUUGAAUAUUGUUUAUGACACUACAACAUAUGAUGAUAUCAAGACUAUCAAUGGUGUGGUAUAUAGUUCAUUCAGGGAUGCAUGUUAUGCUUUGGGAUUAUUAAAUGAUGACAAAGAGUAUAUAGAUGGCAUAGUGGAAGCAAGUCAGUGGGGGACAACACAUUCUCUUAGAAACCUUUUCGCAACAUUGUUGACAUUAGAUUCGUUGUCUCGACCUGAGUAUGUUUGGAGUAAGUGUUGGCAGUACUUGUCAGACGACAUACUCUAUAGGCAUCGUAGUGUCCUGGGUCAUGCAGAUCUUCAGUUGAUAGAUAAUGAAAUUCAAAGUUAUGCUUUGUUGGAAAUUGAAAAUAUAUUACAAGGAAAGGGUAAGAGUCUCCGUGAGUUUGAUGGAAUGCCAUUUCUUGACGAUGUUGAUGAAUUGGUGUUUGGAAAUAGGCUUAUAUAUGAUGAGCUAUCAUACGAUAGGAAAAAAUUAACAGAAGAUCAUAAAAAUUAUGUCAACCAGUUGACUGAUGAGCAGAGAUAUGCUUAUGACAGAAUAAUGCAUGUUGUGGAUGGUAAUGAAGGAGGUGUGUUCUUUUUAAACGGUUUUGGAGGAAUUGGGAAGACCUUUAUAUGGAAAACACUCUCUGCUGGAAUUCGAUCGAAAGGAAAUAUUGUGUUGAAUGUUGCAUCAAGUGGUAUUGCGUCACUUUUAUUACUAGGGGGUCGUACAACUCAUUCUAGAUUUUCCAUUCCCCUAAACCCCAUUGAAGACUCCACGUGUAAUAUUAGACAGGGGAGUCCACUAGCAGAAUUGAUAGCAAAAACGAAGCUAAUAAUCUGGGACGAGGCUCUUAUGAUGCACAGAUAUUGCUUUGAAGCCUUGGACAAAACCAUGAGAGAUGUGUUAAGGUUUGCCAUUAAUGGUAGCAAUGAUAAACCUUUUGGAGGAAAAACAAUUGUGUUCGAUGGUGAUUUUCGUCAGAUUUUGCCUUUGACAAAAAACAUGAGACUUCAGAGUUCUGGCAACUGUCAUGAUGUGCACGAACUAAAAGAUUUCUCUGACUGGCUUUGCAAUAUUGGAGAUGGGAAAAUUGGUCGGGAAAAUGAUGGAAAAAUGAUCUUCGAUAUUCCACGUGAUGUUUUGGUUGGUGCAUCGGAUGAUACAAUUCAGUCUAUAGUUGAGAGUACAUGCCCGUCUUUUUUAGAAAAUGUUUGUGAUGCAUCCUAUAUGCAAAGAAGAGCCAUUCUAGCACCCACACUCGAUGAUGUCCAAGAUAUAAAUGAUUUCAUGAUUUCCAAAAAUCCGUGUGAAGAGAGGAUAUAUCUUAGCUCAGACACAAUGUGCCACACUGAAAGAGUAUUUGGUUUAUUUGCAAAAAUUCAUUCAACCAAAUUUUUAAAUGGAAUAAGAUGUUCCGGGGUGCCUAAUCAUGAAUUGAAGCUUAACAUUGGUGUCCCUGUUAUGCUUAUGAGAAAUAUUGAUCAUGCUUUAAGACUUUGCAAUGGUACAAGAUUGGUCAUCACGAAACUUGGAUGCCAUGCUUUAGAGGCAAAGAUGUUGUCAGGUGGUAAUGCAGGUGACAAGCCACCAUCAACUCCUUCGUCGCCGUUCGCAACCAUUACAACCGCGUCGUCACCACCAUUAGCACUUAUGUUCGCUGUUAUUGCAGCUGGUGCCGAAGCCUCCUUUGCUGUUCACUUGCGCCGCCAUCAACGCCUCUAA